AUGGAUCCGGACUGCGCCAUAUGCCAUGCGCCGGCCUCGAUGGCCUGUGACUGCGAGGCAAAAGGCCUCGAGGUGGCCGUUAAGCAGGCCGAGGAACGCAUGAUGCGAUCCAUAUACGGCGACAUACGUUCGUGGGUAAGGGCCCAUGCCCAGGAUUAUAUACUCGAGUAUUUCCGUCAACUUGCCGAACGACGAAAGACGGCCCACUCGGCUCAUCUCGACCACAUCACCGCCCACGCCUUCUAUCAUUACAACGCGCCGCCACAUCCCAACCAGAUCGCCGAGGCCCAGGCCACCCUGAAGCGAGGCAUCGACGAGGAUUGGCAGGCCAGCGUACAACGUUAUCCCGAAGUCCUCGAAUACUUUUACAGCCUCAUCGAGCUCACCCUUCCCGCGGACGACGAGUCUGCCGUGAAGAACCCUCCCUUGACUGCUCCACCUCGGAAGCCGAGUCGUCGGGCCGGCUCCAUCAGUGCCAGCGCCGGUUCCGCUCCUCCUCCCGCCAUAGCCCCUCCCUCGUCUUUCCACGACCGCGAUGCCCUCAUGGAGCGCCGGACUCCCGCGCCAGCUACCACACCACGAGACCGAAGGACAUUCAGGCCACCGCCUCCCCAGCACCACCCAUCUUCGUCUUACUACGCACCGUUUGGAUGA